AUGGCCAACGCUACUCGAAAUGCUCUCGCUAAAAGCUUCAAAGCUUUGCACACUCCUCAUCAUCCACUCGUAUUGGCCAACAUUUACGAUGCAGUUUCCGCGCGGGCUGUAGCAUCCCUACCCAACGCAAAGGCCUUAGCCACAGCUAGCUAUGCAGUUGCAGAAGCAGCAGGUCUUAAAGACGACACCUUAACACUGGAAGUUAAUGUAACUUCUGCUAAAAAUAUCGCUUCGGCAAUUAAAGAAUUUGGAAAGCCACUAUCCCUUAUUCAAGCUGGUGUUGUCGGCAUUAACCUGGAGGACUACAAUGGAAGCACAAAGAAGCUGUACAGCAUCUCUGAUGCCGCGGAUCGAAUCAAGAGAGCUAUGAACACGGCUACUUCACUGGGAGUGCCUGAUUUUGUCGUCAACGCCCGGUGUGACACCCUCGUUCAAGGAGGCGGUCUCGAGGAAGUGAUUGAGAGAGGUCGUGCAUAUCUUGCCGCUGGCGCUACCACUGUAUUCGUAUGGGGUGCCGGCCGAGGAGUCUCACGUAGCGAAGUCGUUGAGUUGGUCAAGGUCUUUGAUGGACGGCUGAAUGUGAUGCUCAAUCUAUCCGGCGGUCUGACGGUGAAGGAGCUGGCGGAUAUUGGAGUCGCCCGGAUCAGCAUUGGACCUACUCUGCAGAUUGGAGCUAUGGCAAAGCUACAGAAGGACGCUGAAGCCAUUUUGGCAAUGUAA